AUGUCAACUGUCCAUUACGCCAUGGCAUGUAAAACAAAACUACUAAUUGAAACCUGCCUCCGUGUGUGUGCGAAUUUUGCGCAGACUGGGAGCUGUGCAGAGCAUUGUGCUGGUAGUUCAGGGGCGAUGGAGCUGUGCUUGACGGGGGCUUUAAUGUGUUGUGGAACAAGCUGGCUUGUGCGACUCUGUCCCUACUCUGGCAGGGUUCAAAACAGAUUUGAGACGUUUCGAGGUGCGGGCCGCAGUGCUCCCAUUGCUGGUAGCCACAUGCUGCCGGUUCCAGAGCUGGAUCCAUAUUGCUUGGAACCCAGUGACGUUUCCUCAUUUCCCUUGGCGGGCAAAUAA